UGUUCUAUUUUCUGAAACAUGUUUAAGAAACUUUUCAAUGAUAACCAAUCAAACGAGCCAUUUCAAACCACGUGACGAUGCAGAUUUCGGGCAUUGGAAUUUUAUGGCGGAGCAAGAUGGCCGGUGGGAAAGAGUUUUGGAAUUCGGAAAAAACUGAGCAAUUCAUAGCAUUAUGGGAAAGCAAGCUAUGUCUGUAUGACACGACAAAAGAAGAAUAUCACGAUCGGAAUGCCAAUCCACUUCCUUGUCCAAAUUUUGCGAUUUCGUCGUCUUCUGGCUAUUCUCCUCAGUAUUAUAUUGACAAUGAGAGCACCGCAAAUAGCUACUAAUCUUCUCUUUUUUAAUUUUUGCGCAAAGAACUCCCUUUUUAACAUUUUUAAUCCUAUUUAAUGCAUACUUGCAAUUUUCCCGCCAAAUUUAAACUGCGUAAACUAUUCAAAACGUGUAUAUCCGAUUGUUUCGGAAACUUGUGUUUCCGAAACUUGUUUCCGAAACUUUGUUUCGGAAACAUUAUCUAGUGUAUCAAGGCCUUAAAAUCACAAAAUGUCCCGCACCUGCGAGAACAAGGCCCAAGGAUGAUCAAGGAGAUAUUACUAGGUGUAAAAUGCCUUCAUGAUCAAAGAAUCUUACAUAGAGAUCUCAAGCCUUCAAAUAUAUUGGUUGAUUUUGAGGGACAUUUGAAAGUAGCAGACUUUGGACUCAGCCGCGUUUUGAAAGAAGGUGAAACAACAGUUAAAACUUAUGCAAAGGGAACACGAGGCUGGAUGCCUGCCGAAGUUAUAGAAGCGGGAAAUGAAGAAGAAAAAGGACGUUAUAAGAAGAAAUCCGAUAUCCAAUCUGUCGGUAUGAUCGCUUUUUUCAUUUUAACAGGUGGUAAACAUCCCUUCGGGGCUACCAUGCAAGAACGUAUGACAAAUAUCUCAAAAGGAAAUCCUGUUGACCUAUGCAAACUUGAAGAUGCUAAUGCCAGACACUUUGUAGCAUGGCUGAUCAGUCAUGAUAUUGACAAUAGACCUUAUGCCAGUGAAGCAUUGGAGGAUUACAUGUUCCAAAACAUUAAAAGUGUUGAGGAACCUCAAAAUUCUCUUAUAAUCUCGCGUGAGAGUUACCUUACUUUACUUUUUUAAUGGUCAAUUUGAGCCAUUAUUGUGCAUGGUCUUCAAUACUACUACCGUGGAUGAAAAGUUUUUGUAACCGUUUCUCUUCUUGAAACGACAAUAGAGUUGGCACUGUAAUAGUAUUGGACUUUUUAACCUAAUAUUGCCAAAAGGUAAUUCACUAGGUAAUAGGUAAUAGAGUAUUGCCAAUAGGUAAUUUACUUUAAUAUUUUUAGCCUUUAACUUAGAAACACA